AUGGGAGCGAAACUUUUACCAGUUUGUUUUGUGAUAUUUCUGUUUUGGGAUGGUGGCCAGGCUCGAUCUGCAGGACGAGAGUUUGCCACCGCGUUCAUGCAGAACUAUGUAUCUCCUUUUGACCUGCCGCUCUUUCAGCUUUACAUUACCUCUCUGAAUUCUAAUUGCCUGGUGAAGAUCAGUGUGCCCAGUCUCAAUUUUAACCAGGAGGUGCAACUGACUGCAGGUCAGGGCUUCACUGUGACCCUCCCCAAAACAAUUGAGCUGUCUGGCACUAGGAGGUCCCGCAAAACUGUCUUCAUUCAGGCAUCUGAUUACAUAACGGUUUCCUCGCUAAACUCAAAGCAGUUCACAGCGGAUACGUCCCUGGUCUACCCCAUGAGCGAAUGGGGUACUGAAUAUUUUGUGUUCACCCCCACCAACUCCCCUCCAUCCAUGCUGAAGGAGUUUGUGCUUGUCAACGGUAAAGAGCGGAACUCAGUGGAAGUGUUCCUUAGAGCGGCGGUCCGGUUCGAAGGGCGCUUGUACGGUGUCGGCAGUAAACUAGUUGUGGUGAUGGAUCCUUUUGAAAAUGCACAAAUUCAAAGCCAAGGAGAUCUUACGGGAACACGCAUAUCUUCACAACUUCCCGUCGCCGUGUACUCGGGUCACAUGUGCACGUGGCGCUUUUCUAAGUGCAAUCACGUUUAUGAGCAACUGCUGCCAGUGCAAAGCUGGGGAACUCAAUUCCUGGUGGCUCCAUUUAGCAUUCAGAGCCAGUUUGACAGCAUCUAUAUCCAAGUGUCACAGACAACGAAUAUAACCCUUCAAUUUGGCCAUACUACAUUAACUGGCGUUCUUCAGCGUGGGCUCAUCCAAGAGCACAAAAUCCAGUUUCCAAAUGGUCUCAACAUCGUUGCUGACAAUGGAAUCCAGGUGUUUUUUCUGUUUAAUGGUGUGCGAACAUCCCGUGGUGUCCUAUAUGACCCGUUUCUUAUGAAUCUUCUGCCCAACGACCGGUUUUGUUCUUCGUACGCGCUUGAUGGGAUAGCUGGCUUUGACAGCCGAGCCCUUCUGAUUGUUCCUACCAAAGAACAAGCAGGGAUUCGUUUUGAUAGCUUGCCUUUACUUGGAAACCUUCAGUGGAGGGUCAUCAAAAACAGCGAGUACUCUUGGACUGAGCUGGUUUACCAACCUGGGGCAGGUGGGCACAAAUUAACCCAUCCAAAUGCUUCUUUUGGGGUCUAUAGUGUGGGACUACAGCAAGUGAAUGGGUACGGAGCCCCAGCUGCAUGCAUUGAUCCAGAAUUGCCAGCACCUCGCUCUUGCUUCAACAUCAUCUGUAGUGAGGAUGAGGAGUGCCAGAUGAUGGAUUCCUUCCCCAUCUGUGUGAAGAAACCAUUUGGAAUCUGUUGGGCAAUGGGUGACCCUCACUACAGCACAUUUGACCAGCAUUAUUUUGACUUCAUGGGCACUUGCACUUAUGUUGUCACCAGGAACUGCCAGCAAUAUGAUAGUCUUCCUGCUUUUGAGGUCCUGGCUAAAAAUGAAAACCGUGGUGACAUUAGUGUCUCCUAUGUGGCACGUGUAACUGUGAAUAUUGGGGAUAUCACCAUCAGCGUUGAAAGUUCUGAGCCUGGAAAAGUCAGGAUUGACCAGAGUUUGUGGAGUCUUCCUGUGGUUCUUGAUGAUGUUGGGGUGUCCAUGUUCCAGUCUGGCAGCUUCAUCACCAUCCUGUUUUCUUUUGGGCUGAGUGUGAAAUAUGACUGGAACCACUAUCUCAUGGUCUCCCUGCCCACUGCCUUCAUGAACAAAGUCUGUGGGCUCUGUGGAAACUUCAAUGGCGAUCCCAAUGAUGAUUUCACCAUGCCUUCGAACACCCUUGCUCCCAGUGCGACAACGUUUGGCCAGAGUUGGAAAGUUCACAAUUUAACAUGGGAUGAGGGCUGUAGAGAUGAUGGUGGGGGACAUGGAUGUGAUGCUGAAGCACAGAGGCAAUGGCUGGGUGAAAAAUACUGUGGACUCCUAAUGAUGGCUCCAUUCAGUCAGUGUCAUUCUGUUAUUGACCCAAGUAUUUACAUUCAGAACUGCAUGUAUGAUGUCUGUAUGACAGAUGGGCACAGAAACUACUUAUGUAAGGUCUUAGAGGUCUAUGCAAGUGUAUGUCAACUUGUUGGAAUACAGCUAACCAACUGGAGAGAAGCAGCCAAUUGUUCUUACAAAUGCCCAGAGAACAGCCAUUAUGAAUUUUGUGGUGGCGCAUGCCCUUUGACCUGCAUGGGCCUCGGGUCUCCUGUGAACUGCACUUUACCCUGUGUCGAAACAUGCGCUUGUGAUCCUGGUUUUGUUCUAAGUGGAUCUGAAUGUGUACCUUCAACCCAAUGUGGCUGUUCCUACAAUGGACACUACGUUCCUGCUGGAGAUGCUUUCUGGGCAGAUGAUGCUUGUCAGCGGCUUUGUCAUUGCUCCAUGGAGGGUGGACAUCUGGAAUGCCAAGACAAAGGCUGUGGGGAAGGAGAGCACUGCCAGGUGGAGAAUGGCAUUAGGGACUGUUAUCCUGUCUCUCAAAGCACCUGCAUGGCACUGGGCGACCCCCACUACUACACCUUUGACGGGAAUUAUUUUGACUUCCAGGGCAACUGUGUGUAUCAGUUGGUUGGAGUUUGCGCCUCAGAUCCUGGAUUGGUGCCGUUUGAUGUGCUGGUGCAAAAUGAGUUUCGGGGAAGCAGAGUGGUGUUGUUCACUAAAUUACUGGAGAUCAGAGUGUUUAAUAUCACCAUUGUUAUCGAUAGAGAAUACAGCGGUGCUGUUACCGUCAAUGGUGAGCUGUUCAACCUUCCUCUUCAUCUUAUUGAAGGUCAGAUUUCUGUUUUCAGAAGUGGCUGGUCUGCUGUCGUUCAAACCUCUUUUGGUCUCAGAGUCACGUUUGAUUGGAACAGCUUUGCAACCGUCACUGUUCCCAGCACCUACAUGGGUGCCAUCUGUGGCCUCUGUGGGAACUACAAUGGAAAUCCAGAAGAUGAUCUGACAGUCAGAGGAACAGCAUUACCUGCUUCAGGACCGAUGGAGUUCGGUGCCAGCUGGAGUGUAGCCGAGAUCCCAGACUGUGCGCAUGGCUGCACAGACAGUUGUCAGGAUUGCGACCCGACCAGAAGGAGUCUUUAUGAGACGUCUGAUUUCUGUGGACUCCUGCGUGACCCACAAGGGCCAUUCAGGGACUGUCAAACCAUGCUAAACCCUGCUCCAUUUUUUGAGGAUUGUAUUUACGACGUCUGUUUGUAUAAUGGAAGGAGAGAUAUACUAUGCCAGGCAAUAACGGCAUAUGUAUCUGCCUGUCAGGCGAUAGGAAGGACCAUCAGCCCCUGGAGAACUGCAGAAUUCUGUGGUGUUCAGUGUCCUGUCCACAGCCACUAUGAGCUCUGCGGUUCUAGUUGUGAAGUCACCUGUCACAGUUUGACUCCUCGCGCUGGCUGUCGUAGCCCCUGUAUGGAGGGCUGUGUGUGUGACCCAGGCUACAUCAGGAGUGGGGAACACUGCGUUCCCCUCUCUCAGUGUGGGUGUCUCUAUGGCAAUCACUACUACUUGCUUUACCAACAGUUCUAUCCUGGCAAUAACUGUGAGGAGGUGUGCACAUGUUUACCGGACGGCCAGGUGGUCUGUAAUAAGUCGUCUUGUGGCCCUUAUGAGAGCUGCGAGUUGGUGGACGGCGUUCGCAGAUGCCGACCAAUUCUGCAGGCUAUUUGUGAAGCUUCUGGAGACCCACACUAUGUGUCCUUGGAUGGGCUGCGCUUUGAUUUCCAGGGAACCUGUACCUACAUUCUGUCCCAAUCCUGUGGCCUGGAACAAACCAACCUGACCCCUUUCUCCAUCCAGGUGGAGAAUGAGAGAUGGUGGCCCAAUAAACAUCACGAAGUCUCUGUUACCAAGCAAGUGGCCUUAACGGUCUACGGCAGCACCAUCAUCUUAAGACAAAACAAGCCCCAGAUCUUGGUCAAUGGGGUUCUGGCUAAUCUCCCAUACAGUUCAAACAGUUUAAAUGGUUCCUUGGUCCAGGCCUAUAAAGAUGGUAGUUAUAUAAUCAUCGAGACCAGCUUUGGUCUCCGUGUGACCUAUGGCCUGUUUUACUACGUCGCUGUUACCAUCCCUGGCAACUACCGCAACAAGACCUGCGGACUCUGUGGCAACUUUGACGGAGUCCCUUCAAAUGACUUCAGCCUCCCAGAUGGCAAUGUUACACAGGACGUGAAUGUGUUCGGGAGAGCCUGGAAAGUGGACGUCCCUGGAGCCGUGUGUGAGGACGGAUGUGAAGGCGACACGUGUCUGGACUGUGAUCCUCAACUGAAAGUCAUCUUUGAGAAGCCUCCCUACUGCGGAGUUCUGGUUGACCCUAAUUGGCCGUUUGCCACCUGUCAUGCUGUGCUGAACCCUUCAGCUUAUCUGAACGACUGUGUCUUUGAUACAUGUGCAUCUGAUGGCAACAACAGCGUGGUUUGCGCUAGUGUGGAAAGAUAUGCUUUUAGUUGUCGCGCAGCUGGAGUCGUCAUUCAAAGAUGGAGGACGGACUUUUUCUGCCCAAUGUCGUGUCCAGCUCACAGUCAUUAUGAGCUGUGCGCAGACGUGUGCUCUGCUGCCUGUCCUGGUUUAACUACGAUAGUCCAGUGUCCUAAAACCUGCACAGAGGGCUGCGCUUGUGACAAUGGUUAUCUGUUUGAUGGCCAGCAGUGCGUUGAACACCAGCUGUGUGACUGCUAUCAGCAGGGACGCACAUAUAAGGCUGGAGAGGAGGUUUACCUGGACCAGUGUGAGCAGAAGUGUCAGUGUGAUCCAGGAAAAGGACUUACUUGUGAAAAAGCCAACUGUCCUAACGGCACACAGUGUUUACUUAGAGAGGGAAUGUGGGGCUGCUUUUACCCAGAUCCAUGUUAUUACCACCAUUGUCCAGAGAAAGAGACAUGCUGCUCUGAACAUGGCAAUGCCGUGUGUUUGCCCCAAUACAACAAGACAUGCUGGGCAUGGGGUGAUCCGCACUACCACACCUUUGAUGGCUACGAGUAUGACUUCCAGGGCACCUGUAAAUACAUCUUGUCUAGGACCUGUGGGAAUCUGUACGGUCUGGAGCCCUUCUCUGUAACCCAGAGCAAUGAAAACCGUGGCAACCCUGAUGUGUCUUAUGUGCGGGAGGUGGAAGUUACUGUAUAUGGCAGCACUUUUACUAUGGUGAAACACCAUACAGGACAGAUCAUGGUGGAUGGUUUGUGGUUUUAUCUUCCUUUUGAUCAUCAUGACGGCCGUGUGAAGGUGAGACAGAGUGGCUAUGCUGCUCUGCUGGAAACUGACUUUGGUCUGCGCGUCUCUUUCAUCUGGGGCUGGAGGGUUGAUCUGCAUCUGCCCAGUAGUUACUAUAGAUUUGUGUGUGGCCUGUGUGGAAAUUUCAACGGUAAUGGUGAAGAUGAGCUGAGAGACCCUGCUGGAAACCUUCGGCCAAGUCUGUACCAGUGGGCAAAGAGCUGGAGAGCAGAAGACAGUGUCACAUCAGUGUGUCAUGAUGGCUGUGAGACCGACUGCCCUGUUUGCCCUCCUGACCAACAUGCCCUCUACGAAACAGAUGCUUUCUGUGGUGUCCUGACAUCUAUAGGCCAGAAUAUGUUUAGUGCAUGUCAUGCUAAAGUGAACCCACAGGCGUUCCAGCAAAGCUGCGUGUACGAUCUGUGCUUCAAUAACGGAGACCGAAAACUUCACUGUCAGGCUCUGGAGACAUACAUCCAUCAGUGUCGUCAAGAGGGUGUCAUCAUUACAAAUUGGAGAGAAAGAUUUAAUUGCUCUAUGAGUUGCCCGCCCAACAGUCAUUAUGAGGCCUGUGCCUCUCCGUGUCCAGCAACGUGUCCAUACCCAAAUCAGCAGCCAAAGUGCAGUGAUACCUGUGUGGAAGCCUGUGAGUGUGACAGUGGAUUUGUCCUCAGCGCUGGCGCUUGUGUGCCCACCAAUCAAUGUGGCUGCUUCUACGAAGGUGCCUACUACCAACAAGGCCAAACUUUCUGGGCCGAUGAGCAGUGUCAUCGGCUUUGUGUGUGUGAUCGUAACUUAAGUGCUGUGGUGUGUCGCAAUUCUUCCUGUGCUGUCCGUGAGAGCUGCACAAUUGUUAAUGGAAGUCACAGCUGCCAGCCAGUGAGUCGCCCCGCCGUAUGCACAGGCUCAGUAGACCCACAUUACCGCACAUUCGACGGAUUCCAUUUUGACUUCCAGGGCACGUGUGUGUAUCAGUUAGCAGCCCUGUGCAUUGACAAUACGAGUCUUGUACCUUUUAAUGUGACAAUUAAGAAUGAUCAUCGUUGGAGCAAUGCAGUGAGCUUCACUCACACUGUCAAUGUAACUGUGAAUGGAUUCACCAUCACAUUGACCAGAGAACAUCCGUAUCGAUUACUGUUUGGUGGCCAACUAGCAGAACUUCCCUUUUGGAUUCAAGAUGUAUUUAUAGUUUUACGCAGCGGCAACUUUGCUUUGGUGAAGACAAACUUUGGUCUCCAGGUGACCUUUGACUGGUCCAAUGUGGUGAGCGUCACUUUGCCUAGCAAUUACAGUGGUGCGGUAUGCGGACUUUGUGGAAACUUCAACGGUGUUGUUCAGGAUGACUUUACAAUGCACAAUGGUAUGAUGGCACCCAAUGCCAGUAGUCUGGGACAGAGCUGGCAGGUUGCUGCAGCACCUGGCUGUUCCUCAGUCGGUUGCCUUGGUGCUGGAUGCUCAACUUGCAAUGCGACCCAGAGAGAGAACGCCCAGCGCAAUUGUGAGAUCAUCACAAACCGGACAGGGCCUUUCAGAGAAUGUCAUAAGCAGAUCGAUCCUGGAUCUUACCUAGAGGAUUGCAUAUUCGACACGUGCCACUUCCAAGGACAUCAGGUUGUGUUGUGCGACGCAGUGGCAGCCUACGCAUCCACAUGUCAGAGUCAAAAUAUCACGGUUCGCCCUUGGAGAAAUGCCACUUUCUGCCCUCCAUCCUGCCCUCCAAACAGCCACUACAAUCCCUGUGCUCCAGGCUGUACAGAGACCUGUGUCAACAUCUCUGCGCACAACUGCAGCAGACCCUGUGCUGAGGCCUGCCAGUGUGAUCAGGGUUACAUCCUGAGCGGCCAAACCUGUGUGCCACAAGCAGAAUGUGGCUGCUUCUAUCGAGGACACUAUUACAACAAACACCAGAUGUUUUACGUCCAUGAGCAGUGCUUGGAGCGCUGCAUGUGUGGAGAAAAUGGAACAGUUUCCUGCCAGGCAUCAAGUUGUAGUCCAGGGGAAGCUUGCAGAGUGGUAGAUGGAGUUUUAGGAUGCCACCCUGUCAGUCAUGGAAGAUGUGUGGCCACUGGUGACCCUCACUACACUUCUUUUGAUGGCAGGAGGUUUGACUUUCAAGGUGCAUGUGUUUAUACGCUCGCUAAGGUAUGUGAUCGAGCUGGAGGACGGUUGGUGAAUUUUUCUGUGGACACACAGAAUGAGCAGGUUAGAAACACAAGGGUUUCUGUCAUCAAGAAUUUGACUGUGACCGUCUACAACCUGACAAUUAGCAUCAGACGAGGUGAACGCUCGAGAGUCAUCGUGAAUAAUGAAUUUGUCACCCUCCCUUCAUCUUUUGGCACUCAAGUCACCAUUAACCAGGUUGGAUACAGUGUCAAAGUGCAAACCAACUUUGACUUGAGAGUUCUGUAUGACACCUAUUACCACGUGGAAGUCCAUGUACCCUCCAACUAUCAAGGCCGCAUGUGUGGCCUCUGUGGAAACUACAAUGGCAAGAAAACAGAUGACUUCUUGUUGCCCAAUGGCACACAAAGCGCCAAUGUCAGUGCAUUCGGACAGGCAUGGGCAUUGCCAGCAACUGGUGUUCAGUGUGGAGAUGAAAGUUCCCCGCAGCAGUGCGAUCAAACCAAAGCCGAGAGAUACCGCAGAGGUGAUGCCUGUGGCAUUAUGGCAGCUGCCGCUGGUCCCUUCAAUGCUUGUCAUGAUCAGGUGAAUCCUGAGCAACAUGUGGUUAACUGUGUAUUUGACAUGUGUGUUAUGGAUGGAGACAGAGCGAUGCUGUGUGAAAAUCUUCAGGCUUAUGCCAUCAUCUGCCAGAAAGCCGGGAUACAAAUCAUGCCAUGGAGAAAUAGUUCAUUCUGCCCGGCAAACUGUCCAGCCAACAGUCAUUAUGCACAGUGCUCUAAUAACUGUGCCAACACCUGUGCCAGCCUUAGUGGCUCCGUUAACAACUGCCCAGAUAUUUGCAUGGAAGGCUGUCAGUGUGAUGAAGGGUGGCUCUCAGAUGGUGACACGUGUGUGCCUGUGGGAGACUGUGGAUGUGUCCAUAAUGGCAAAUACUUAAAGGUCGGCGAAGUCUUAGUAACUGACACUUGCGACAGGAAGUGUGUGUGUCGUACCACUGGGCUGCUGGAGUGUGUGAACCAAACCUGUUCCAGAGGAGAGAUCUGUGAAUUUCGGGAUGGCCAACGAGAUUGUUACACUGAUCAAGGCCACUGUGUAUUUGAUGCCAAUGACCAGUUGCGGUCCUUUGAUGGUGUAAAGGGGGCAGUGGAGCGGCCGGGAGCCUAUCAAAUGGCUUUCUUGUGCAAUCAAGAGUCUCCUGACUGGUUCCGUGUGGUGUUAGAUGUACGUGCAUGUGCCAGGAAUGAUUCUGGUCAUGUGACAAUGGUCCACAUCUUCUUUCAGGACAUGAUCAUUACGGUCAACAAUCACAGGCACAGCUGGGUGAAUGGAAAGAAGGUCUCGUAUCCCUUUAUGCCUAAAGAGGGGGUGUUAGUCUCAUACAUAAAUGAGGCCGUGGUCAUUGAGAAGGUAUCUAUCAUGAGACUGACUUACUCUGGCACUGGAGAGGUUGUGUUAUCCGUAAGCACAGUCCUGACAGACCAAGUUUGUGGUGGCUGUGGCAACUUUAAUGGUAUCACUGCAGAUGAUAUGACAACUUCUGAUGGGAGAAACUCCACUAUGAUGUCUGUAGUUGCAUCAUCCUGGCAGGCUGAAGACUUCUUUACAUGUGUGUAACAACUGAAAAAAAAACUGGCAGGAAGGUUUGAUUACCACAGAGAUUUCUAAUAGAGGAAUUGUAAAUUUUAUUUAAUUGCACACUGGGGUUUAGAAUGAGGCUUUGAUGUAAACUGAAUGAUUUCUACAUAUUCUGUAUGCCAUAGUAUGAUCUUAAUA